CAGAGCUCUAGAGAGAGAGCAGGGGGAAGGAGGAGGCGGACAGAAUGGCUGCCCAGUGCCGCAGCUACAAAUGCACCGUAGAAAGGAAAGGAUUCCGGCGGGAACUCGAUUCCUGGCGGCACAAACUGAUAAACUGCGUGGGGUUCGAGAGCAUUCUGGAGGGAAUCUAUGGCCCGUUGCUGCUCAGAGACCUCAAUAUUUUUGAUGACUGUGAACCAGAGGAGCUGGACGACUGGGCAGUGGAGGCCGGCUGUUCCUUCUGCGGCCUCCUGAUCAAUGACCAUGUCCCGGUGGCGGCCGCCUCCCCCUCCCAAGGCCCCUCCCUCUCAGACAGCAGCCUGUCAGCUCACAGGUUCCUCCACGCCGUGUUCCAUAAGAAGGAGCUGGCGUCCGGUGGGGACCCUAACAUCCCUCUGGUUGCCCAGGAACUGAUGAGGAGGAUGGUCAGGCAGUUUGCUAUAGAGUACGUCUCCAAGACACACUUCACCACCUCUACCAGCACCGCCACAGGCUCCCAGCGUUCUGACCUCGACACACCUCUAGACCUCACUGUGACACGGAACCAGGAGAACCAGGAGGAGGAACCCACACCAGCGAACAGUGUGCUCGACCUCUCCAAGCGGAGCUCUGCCAGAUCACCCACCUUCCCACAAAGCCUCAGGCUCCCUGUUGCCCAUGGUUACCGACGAAUCCUGAGGCUCGCCCACCAGCAGCACCGCCAAUCAUUGGCCUACAGGGACGCCCAUCGCCGCCUCGUCCCGCCCCCAGACCCUCUCUGCGGCCACCUGGUGGCCAAACAACAGAAGGACACUUCCUCUCCUCCUCCUUCCUUCCCCUUUACCGACUGUGGGAGCCAUAGUGCCGCUGGCGCCUCACAUCAGCAGACUGACUGGAAGACGCCAGCUGGUCCAGGCUGUUGCUGUGUGCAGCGCUGCAGGCUGCCUCCAGUCUGUUACUGCCUCCACUGCCUCCCCGCUCCCACCCCAACCCCCAGCCCCGCUCCCACCCCAACCCCCAGCCCCGCUCCCACCCCCACACCCCAACCCCAGCCCCGCUCCCACCCCAACCCCCGAUCCUGCACCUCUUGCUGCCCAGAAUACACCUACCUGGCGCCGGUCAGACCCACAGCCCAGGGAGGAGGAGGAAGCGAGUGCCCUGUCCUCAAGAGAGAGCGAUCCCGCAGCCGCUCUCCUCCUCCUCUCUCCCCCAUCCCCUCAGACAUGGACGGGAAGGAGGAAGACAAGCCUCCCUCUCUUCUGCAGGAGGAGGAGGAGGAGGAGGAGGGGUGCAGUGGGGAGCAACAGGACCUGGUGGAGCGCUUCAGUGACAAACUAAAGACAAUCAGAUCCCAGGAGAAGGACCCGCCCCUCAGCUCUGCCUUAGCCAAUCACAACCUAGAAAAUGACCCCCACCUGACGACCUCGGCCAAUCAGCACAUAGCGGAGUCUCAGGCCGACGCCCACCUGAGUGAGAUCAUCACCACCGUUCUGAACACGGGUGGCGGCAGCGACUACAGCCUAAACGACCUGUUGCAUCGCCAUGACAACAACGAGAGCCGGCCACCCCGGACGCGUUCCCGGCGGCGACAGGAGGCCCUGGCUGCCAUGAUGACUUUGCCCGACCAGCCGUCCACCCGGCGACAGACCGUGCUAAUCAAACGGGAGCUGGCCAGGCUGAACCAAUCGCUGUGCAGGAGGAGGCCGUCGCUAGGGAAGAACAAGAGCCGCAGUGCCACGCCCUCUUCUACCUGCUCCUCACCUGAACCAACCCCUUUUAUACCUGAACCAACCCUCGUUACAGCAGAGGUGGAGGGAGAGAUGGAGAGGGUGAAGGAGAGAGAGAUGGAGAGGGUGAAGGAGGGAGAGAUGGAGAGGGUGAAGGGGGGAGAGAUGGAGAGGGUGAAGGAGGGAGAGAUGGAGAGGGUGACAGAGGAGGCAGGUCCAGUGAGAGUUACGAAGGACAGAGUCAGCGUGAAGGAGGAGAUGAAGGACAAACCCCCAGUCCUCUCCUCUACACAACAGAGUCACCCACAGGAGGACAAACACAAACCUGACAGCUGGAAGGUCACCUGUCAGGAAAGCAAUAGGAGAGACCUCUCUGAGAAGAAGAGGAGAGAGGAGGUGAAACCAGGUAGUACCGGCAGCGCCUGUGACCAUGGCAGUGGUCUUCCUGAGAGGAGUAACGAGGAAGAGGAGACACCAGAAACAGCAGGCUGCAGCAAGGACAGUAGCAGGGUGUCAGCCAGGAGUAGCCCUUCCUCCCCCUGCAGAACCAGGAGAGGCAGGAGAUCCCAGCCAGGCAGCAGCAAGGUGGUGGAGAGGAGCAGCGAGGCUGGGAGGUCCGGGAGGAGGAACAUCGUCCCUCCCCAGCGGUUCUCCUCCUACGUCACAGAGCCCAGGAAGAUGUAUUUCGCUGCCUGUUUCUCAGAGAGAAUCUUCUCCGCCCAGAGGACGCCAAAGGACCGGCCAGCACUAAAUGCCCCCACCACCAAUCACACAGACUCCCCAUCCUUGGCCACAGACACGGCUGAGGGGUCGGGCGAAGCAAGAGAAGAGGAAUUACUGCUGGCAUCCACUCCUGAGGUUGUCAGUCGGGAGAGGAGGGGAGGCAGAGGCUGUGGAUCAACAGCAGGAGGUCAGAGUUCAGACAGUGAGUCACAAAGACGGGGUCAGGUGAUUCCCGUCACUGCAGCUUCCUCCGAGCAGCAGAGUCCCCCUAAACACCGCUCCCAGAACAGGGCAAACGUUAGGCUCAGCGCUGCCAGACCUUACGUGCGCUUACGCUCCGCCCCAGCCCAACCCCAGGGUCAGGACCCAGACUCCCAGUCCCAACCAGAGAGCCCUCAGACAGCCUCCAGGCCAGAGGGUGAGGUCCCCACAGAGCAGCCUCAGUACACCAGCCCCAUCAAGCUGAUGUUUGUCUCUGCAGUAGUGGGUGAGGAGGGGGUGAGGUACACCCUGAAGGCGGCUGCACCGGGAUCCAGCUGGUAUGGACAGGAGACCUUUGACCCCUGUGAGGAGUCAUCAUGGGCUGGAACCCCGGAGAAGACCCCAGAGAAGACCCACAAUCCACCUAAAACCAAGAGUCCCCUCCAGACCAAGAGUCCACCCAAAACCAGGAGUCCACCCAAGGACACCGUAUCGUCAUCACCAAAGCUGUGUGGAGCGAGAGGAGGAGAGGGGGGUAGCCCGCCCAAACGCUCCCCCGGGUCCCUGAACGGAGACGGCCCGCCGCCUAUCCGUGAAACCACCCCCCCGAAGAGACGUCCGGGACGGCCCAAGAAGCUGGGCCCCCAGCUGGAGAAGAGGGCCAAGAGGCCGAUCGGCCGCCCGCCCAAGCAAAGGGGUGUGGAGCUGAGCUGUGGCUCCAGGCAGGGUGGUCAGGACCGGUCCAGUGGAUUAGGCUGCAGCACCGGGGAGGGGAGCAGCGCUGUCCCAGGCUGCCAGGAGACAGACCCAGCUAACAGGAACCUGAAGAUCACCGUGGUGUACGGACGCUCCCACAGGACCAAGAGGACCGUGUCAGAGGAGGCUGCUUGUCUCCAGGCUACAGUGAAGCUGAUGGAUCUAAACUUCGUCAGACCGGUGAAGGAGAGGAGGUUCGCCAGCAACAGCAGCAGCAACAUCAAGUGCCAGAAGCUGCAGUGUGCCGCGGCCAUGCGUCGCCCAGGGAGACCCGCCAAGGUCAAGAUCUCCGGAAUCUCCGUUACCGUCACCACCGUGUCGCCGCGGCAACGCAAGAUCCACAUGAACCGGGACACCGCCAGGAAAUCUCCGGAGAUGCUCUGUCGGCGGAAAGCCCUCCUUCCUGAACCCCAGCCUUCCAAAGAGCCCAGGAAAAUCGGCAGCACUCCGACUAGCGAGGACGCCACUCAGAUGCAGACAGAGAGAACGACAAAGUCCAGGGAUGGAGAGCGAGAGCGACAGAUCCAGACUCCUCCUCUGUUAGCGGUGCGUCACUCUGUGAGGGUGAGGAAGCCAUCAGUGUACCUGCUUCACUCUGUAGCCACCUCCACCUCUAGGUCCCUGAGCCACAGUACCGCCCUGCUGCGCCGAUCCAGACAGCUACUGAUCAACAGGGCCAGCAGCAAGGGCAGCCAGCGCAGGAGGAAGGAGGAGGAGGGGGGGAGGAGGAGAGGACACCCCAGGGCAGGAGGAGCUGCUCUCUGGGAGGGAGGAGAGGAGGACCAUGUGGCGGGGGUUUCGGUAGACUCCAUCUUCCCAGCCUGCUCCAGCGAGGCGUUGAGGUGGUGGCCCGUCUCCUCCGACCAGGACAGCCUGAACCAGGAGCUGGCUCGCAGGAUCCGCCUCAUAUCCCACAGCUGGGUCUCCUCCGCUACCGCCCACACUACCAGGAUGGGGACGACCAUGUCCGCCAAGCAGAGACUCAACGACGACGACUCCUCGCCCUCCUGGAAGCCAGAGGUGGGGUCGGCGGUGCGGAUGCUGUUUGACCGGCGCUGCAGCGUGGAGAGGCUGGCCUCCUGGUUCAUGCAGACCACUGAGACUCAGUCUCUGGGCAUCGUGAAGAAGACUAGCUCCCGAAACCCCUACGAGCUCCUGCACUACCCACGGGCCGCCAGCAGGGGGAGCGUCUUUCCCAGCCCGCAGACCGCGCGACUACGCAAACACAUCAAGAAGUUUGCCAAAGCUGUGCCAAAGAGCCCCGCCCAGCUCCGUCUGGCCCAGGAGCGGCUCCAACGUGGAAACGAGCUGAACGCCAGGCGGCGUCUGUUCACUGCGAGGCCGGCGCCAGGAGGGCUGCGUAUCCGAGCUCCAUGGAGGAAGGUCCGGGCCCUCGGGAUGUACAGAACCACUCUGCUCAGAGUCAGAGAGAAGUUCCUCACCAGGACCCUCAGAGCCAAGCGGCCCAACAGGCUGAGGUACAGCCAGGCGGUCUGGAGGAGGAGGCCGGUGGAGGUAGGCAGCUCACCUGGCCAGGUACGGCCCUCUGCUCAUCCCAGGGAGGAGCUCACCUGUUCUCCACAUCACCACCGUCUACCUGCCUCCUCAGAGACCAGUCAGCCCCGCAGCCCCGUCCACCUGACUGACCAGCUGACGGGCCUCACCAAACAGCAGUGUCUCAGCUCUAAAGCCUGGAGUCCGGAGACUUUGAAGGAGUGUUGCGUGUUCCUCAAGAAGAUCAACUCCCCCGACACAGAGUCCACCGCUGAGGAGGAGUGGGACGUCUGCACCGUCAAUCUAGACGACGCGUACUGCCCCGACGGGACCAGACAGGAGGAGAGAAGGGACGGGGAGGGCAGGGCUGGGAAAACGGAGAGAAGGAAGAGGAGAGUUCCCUGGAAGGAGUCUAGCGGCUCGGCACAGGAGGUUCAGGAGCACAACCGGGUCCGAGCCGGGAAGAGGAGAGGCAAACGCAACAAUUCUGGGAACGCCACGAGCCAAUCGCCAAUCCCGCCGCCGGCGAAAGUAAUGAGAAAAUCGCGUGGGAGGGGCCUGACCGGGCCGUGGUGGCACGACUUUAUACUGGGAACCUGACUGUCCCCCCCAUCCGUCUCCAGAGUGACUGUAUGGUAACCGUGGUGAUGCUCCUCCCUCCGUCUCCAUGGCGACGGUGUAAACAACUGGGUGCCUUCAGAUUGUCCCUCAGCAUCAUGUAGCAGAAGAGAAAGUUUCACUUAACAAGAAGAAGCUUGAAGUUGCACUAUUUUUUUUUAACUGUUCAGUUUUCCCCCCUGCUUUAAAAA